AUGUAUUACCUAAAGGAAACCCAUCAGCGAGAGUCGGUUGUGCUAAUCCCAUCCAGAUCCCAAGAGACGUCCCAAGAAGAUUGUGCCCGACACAGAUUCAUCGUCUGGGCUGCCGUGAAACGCAACGAGUCUCUCAGGAAGCAUCCGGAAAAGAAGACGGAAUGCCCCCUUCUCAAAUGCAACCACAAGCUCACCGAUCACGAAUCAAUGCUCAAGCAUCUGGCAGGGUGCAGAUAUCUUGCCUCGGGGGAAUACUGGUGCUAUAACCACAUGAGGGUGGAGCACUUUGACGAUAUCAGAUGCAAGAAGUGUCUCGGCCAUCCAUCCCGGGCGAAGAAGGUCCUCACCAUAGCCAAGAAGCUUUUCCACGGCCUGGGCCACAAAUCAAAAAAGGGUCAACAGGGCUCUACCAUCGACGAGGAGCGGACACACCAACCACCACCGAGUUACGAAUCCAUUUCUCGACCGGCGCCAGGUCCACCACUGCCUGGAAAUGCCGCCGAACUACCCCUUACCGAGAUUCUAGAAGCCGACUCCAACGAGAUCGAAGUCCCCAUGGCGCCACAACAGCAACCGCCGCCGCAGCAGCAGCAGCAGUAUCCGACGAUUGAUCCACAAGACCUGCUAGUCCCCCAACCCAUCAUACCGCCAAGCCUCCCAGAGCUCGAUGCCAGCACCAUGGAGUGGGACCACACGCUUGACAUGGCGAUGCCCCAGAUACCAUUACAAAUGCCGAUAACAUUACAGGACGACAGCAUGCAGCAGUUUGGUUACGUCAGGCCGCCACUCCAGCUAGCGACAAAUAAUCCAUACGCCCGUCACCAGGCGCCUCCUCGACCGGUGUCCCGACCAACAUCGACUGCUCCACGCAGUAAAGGUCUGUCGCCCAGCUCCUCGGUAAGGUCGACAGCAAGCACCGACACGACGACCAGCAACGUUAGCAACGAUAGUAACGUCAGCUACGAUAGCACCUUCAGCAACCUUACCACGGACAGUCAUGGGACCACCAACUCUUACGAUACUGUUUACAGCAAUGCCAACUCAUUGGUCUCUCCCAUCUCGAACUAUAGCGGUGGGGCCUGGUCGACACCGGACGGCAUGAACACAAACAUGACGUCCCCCAUCGACGGUGCCAUGCUCGAAAAUCCCUUUGGCGACGCCGGUUACGACUACAAUGGAUGCCCGGAUUUCCUGCACAACUUUUACUCCGAGUUGCCAGCGGACUUUCCGGUUUCCUCGAUGGUGGAUGGUAUUGUUCCAGACCCUAUCCUGGCGAUGAAUGAACUCCCAAUGACACUCGAUCUCGAUCUCGAUCACGCCCCAGGGCCCUCGAUGGCAAGCAAUGUGGCCGAGCUGCCCGACAACGACAGCAGGGAGAUGGUGGAAGUCUCGCAACCUGAUCCAUGCUGCUCAGAAACGAGGUCGAUGGUCGACUCAGCCUGGGAAGUACUGCAGGAGCAGGUCGUGCAAUCGAUGGUCAAAAUCCAGGACAUCCGGGGAAAUCGACUUGCGCGGCAGCUCAAGUCCAUGUCGAUUCAGACGAUAGCGGAGAGGGGGCUGCGGACUUUGCGCUUGUACCUUGAUGGGUUUCAGCCAUCGACUGCGGACGACGCGCUGUGCCUGGCGCAUCUCGUGUUUGCGUUUGCCUUGGUUGUGUAUCAGGAGGGAACGCACAAACGUGUGAGGGGACUAUAUCUCCAGUCUCUUCCGCUCAUGGGCAUGAUGCCAGAGCAAGACCGUCCGGAUUACCAGCAACUGGCCGACUUCAUCUGGAAGCCCGAGGGUCUAGCAUCGUCUGGUGUCCAGAGAAGCCUGGAUACGGUCGGCAGCAUGUUUCCAGAUUCCAAGGGGAAAUCGCCAGUAGGCCACCAUGGGAUGAGAUCGCAGCCGCCAGAUAUGUUUCGUGCGGCUGCUUGGGAUUUCCUUGAUGGUGAGCUUUCCAACUGUCUCUUGUCACAAAACCAACCGCUAACGUCGCUAGAACUCGAAAUGAAAAUGCUCUUCGGGUCCGACUCCCACCUCCACGAUCUGCAAGACCCGGCGGCUCUCCUCGUCAAACACACCCAAGACUCGCACCAAAACGGAGCGGUGAACCCGGCCCUCCUACAAACAGUGAAACCCAUCCUAGAAAAACUCACCCGGACCUAUGACAGCCCCGACCUGCGAGAGAAGCUCAGACAAACAUUCCGAAACUUGACCUCUGGGCAAACUUCCAGCAUCCGUAAACUCGAAAUCGAACUCCUCCACGCCGGCCAAACCACCCUCCCCUCCUCUCGGUACUACGACUUCUUCGUCCCCCAAACCCGCCAGCUCAUCGACGAAGUCUACCUCGUCCACGACCCCGCCCUGGGAACCCGCCGGCGAAGCGACUACCACAGCCUGGGCAUCACUUACAUUGAGAACCUCCUCCCCGACCUCGACAACUUUUCUUCUUCUUCUUCUUCUCCUUCUCCAGAGCAGCAGCAACAAUCAAUGGAUGAUUACCUCAACCUUGCCACCUCCUCCUCCCCACAACCACAACCAACCCCCCAACAGCAACCGGUACCAGACGACCGAAUCGUCGAAGCCGACUCCAAAUGCGACGAGUGCGGCUACCGGCCAAAGGGACACCCAAGGUGGUUCAAAGGCAGCAUGGCCAAGCACAAGAGGCUGAAGCACAGCCGCGAGCCGCCCAAGAUUUACAGCUGCAAGUACCCCGGCUGCACGAGCCAGUACAAGACCGGGCGGGACACCUGA